AUGGAGCACCAGAAGUAUGUGGAGAGCGGGCUGUGGGAUGGCCACUUCCGCGACGCGGCUUCCCGGGAGGGCUUGGUCCUCCGCUCGGAGGCCUCGGCGCUAGCGCAGCGGCCCGGUCGCUUCGGGGUCCCGCUGCGGCCGCGGUGGCCCUUCCGGCCCCAGAACAGAGCGAGCGCCAGCGAGAUGCCUUGGGCACCCGGCGGCGGCGGCACGCUGCCGGGGCCGGCGGCGGGGCCUGCGCAGGAGCCAGCUCGGGAAAGUGCACACGGGAGUCCCCACAAAGGGAGCCCCCGGGAGAGCCUACGGGAGGAGCUGCUCUCGCAGCUGUCAGCCUACCGCCAGCUCGCAGACCAACGCGUCGCCACGAUGAGGGCGCGCCUCAUCAAGUGUCCGGAUGCCGCAACAGUCGAGGAGCUCGAGGUGCUGCGGGCAGAGGUGGCUCAGCAGAUCGCCUCGCUGGAAGAGGCGGCGCACAAAGCUGCGCGAGGCCGCCUGCACGACGACGCCCCGGAAGAGUCGCCCAAGUGA